UAGUAAUAUGACAUACUAUCGAUUCAUAGCCUGAUUGGUUAAGCUAGUGUUCAAUGCAAGUAUGGCCGCCCUGCCAUCACCCACGCAGGUGGCUGGAAGCCAUACUGCUAUAUAUGAAGCCUAUUAUAAUCAGGUGGAUCCAAAUGGAUAUGGACGAAUCGGUGCAAUGGAAGCUGCAAGAUUUCUUAAGAAAUCCCAGUUGAGUGAUGUUGUACUAAGUAAAAUAUGGGACAUGGCAGAUCCACAAUCACGUGGAUCAUUAGAUAAAUCUGGUCUUUUUGUUGCUCUUAAACUUUGUGCAUUAGCACAAGCAGGAAGAGACCCUAGUAUGUCAAAUUUAAGUAUGGAAUUACCACCCCCAAAAAUGGGUGAUAUUCCUGUAAUACCUCAAAAAAAUGUAGUAAAUACUUUACCAGUAAUAACAUCUGUUAAUAAUGGAGAUUGGUCCAUUAAACCUUCAGAAAGAGCCAAAUAUGAUCAACUGUUUGAUAGUUUACAACCUUCAAAUGGAUAUAUACCUGGAAUUAAAGUAAAAGGUGUUCUUAUGGAUAGUAAACUUCCUUUGGAUACACUUGGUAAGAUUUGGGACCUUGCAGAUAUGGACAAGGAUGGCAUGUUGGAUAGACAUGAAUUUGUUGUUGCUAUGCAUCUAGUGUAUAAAGCUUUAGAAAAAUAUGCAAUACCAAGUGUACUUCCACCAGAGUUGAUGCCACCUGGAAAGAGGAAAGAUUCUACAGCAUCUAUAUCAAAAUCUCCUGCACCAGUGGGAGUAAUAACUACAGCUCCACCACCUAUUCCACCUUUACCUAAUGCUUCUUCUGUGAAGAGUAUGACUGGUUUGGAUACAGCAAAGACAAAUGUGCAGUGGGUAGUUUCAUCUGAAGAUCAAAUAGCAGCAGAUAAAUUGUUUUUGCAAGCUGAUCUAGAUAUGGAUGGAUAUGUCUCAGGUAUUGAAAUCAAAGAUGUCUUCCUUCAAAGUGGACUUCCACAGACUAUAUUAGCUCAUAUAUGGAGUCUUUGUGACACAUGUCAAAGUGGAAAAUUAAAUAAAGAACAAUUUGCUUUGGCUAUGUGGCUCAUUAAGCAAAAGCUUAGGGGUGUUGAACCACCUGCAACUUUGAGCCCUGAUAUGGUACCACCUUCUAUGCGAAAACCAUCUGAGACUGUUGUAGAGAAUAACAAUGUAUCUGGUUAUUCAAAUCCAGAAUUAGACAUGAUAAGUAAGGAUAUAGCAGAACUUGUAAGAGAGAGACAAAGUAUGGAACAGGAUAUAGCACAAAAAGAAGCUGAUAUUAAGAUAAAGAAUGGGGAAAUUAAGAGUUUGCAAAGUGAACUAGAUACACUUGCUGCUACAUUAAAACAGUUGGAGAAUCAAAAAGGUGAAGCUCAAAAGCGAUUGAAUGAUUUAAAAACUCAGAAGGCAGAAGUAGAUAAAGAUUUGAAUGAGGUCGAGCAGAAGAUUCGUGAGGAACAAAAAAAGGUUGAUAAAUUUCGGCAACAAGCUGAAGAGCAGGAAUCAGUGUUGCGUGCUCAAGAAGAGGAACUUAAUCUUAAACGGCAAGAAUUGGAAGGCUUGCGACAAGAAGAACAGCAGUUAGAACAGCAACAAAAUAAAAGCAGGGACCAAUUAAAUGAACUUACUAGAAAUUUACAGGACACUCAGUUGCAAAUUUGCCAAGCAAAAGCAAAAAUCACUCAUCUGCAAGAACAACAAAGACAAAUGAGUGAUGCAGUUGCAUUGUAUGACUCUGCACUUGCAGCAGGGGAUGCCACUCUUGUACCUGAUACUAGUUUGCAAAUAAUAUUAUUAUUUUAUAUUACAUUCUUAUAUUAAAAUUAACAUAGGUAUGAAAAAACAAAUAACGAAGAAGAAGCUAGUGAAAAGAAAACAGAUUCCUUUUCAAAUGCAAAUGGAACUGCAUUAGAUGGGUUUGAACAAGAUCCUUUUGCAUCUAGUAAAGCUCAAGAAGCAUUUGGUGCAUCAACACCAGAUCCAUUCGGAAAUGCAUUUCCAUCUCAAAACCCCACUGGAGGAUUCACAUCUGAUCCAUUUAGUGCAUUUGAUGAUAACAGUGUUAUAAAGCAGGAUCCAUUUGAUCCAUUUGGGGAUGGAAAAAGAACUGAUACUAAAACUACUACUACAGUAGCAGCGACAAAAGAUCCAUUUGGUGAUGACCCAUUUGCAAAUCUUCAUGCACCACCUCGUCCAGAAAGUCCUAGUCCUGCUCUUCCUCCUAAAAAAGCAAAACAGCCACCACCACGGCCAGCACCUCCACGACCGACUCAAGGACCUACUGGUCCUCUACGAGCAGCACCAGCACCAGCUACUCCUUCUCAUACUCCUGAUCGUUUUGCAAAUGCUAAUUCUGAUCCCUUUUCUGCUCAACAAGGAAUUAUCGAUAAUAAUAACAGCACUAAUUUUAAUACGUCUACUGGAUUUGCAGAUUUUGCAAAUUUUGAUUCCAAGCCUGAACCAACACUGAAUCGAACGGCACCACCCAGACCAACGAGCAGAACACAUACAGUAUCAACGGUAACUCCAAAGCUGCUGGAUUUCACGGAAGAUCCCUUCAGAGAUUAUCGAUACGAAGAUCCCUUUAACAGACCGGAUCCUUUCGCUGACGAUGUAGAAGACCUUAACGCGAAUAAGAGUGAAACAAUAGCAGGCAAAAUGGAUCCAUUCAGUUACGGAACAACUUCAGUAAUUCCUCGUAAAAAUUCGUUCACAAAAAGCUUCGACACUGAUUUCUCGAAUACUUGUACUCUGACUAAGAUCAAGGUUGAUAAGGACAAUUCUAAAUUUGAUACUGAUUUCGUGAAAGCGUUCUCCGACGACAACAAAAAUAUAAAAACCAUCGAGUCCGAUGCGUUUUCCAACACCAAGAUGAAAACGAUUGACAUAGAUGAAGCAUUUUCCACUAAGAAUGAAAAGUCUACUAAAAAGCACGGACAAGAUGUAGCACAUAAUAGAUUUAAAUCUAGCUUUAACGAUAAAAAAUCGAAAAGCGAGAUGGGUAAGAUUUGGAACGGCAAUAACACACCUAUGAUGUUAACCGAAAAACAACAGUUUGUUUGGGCAUCCGAACAAAGUUUAAAGACCGAAGAGGAAAGGCGUAGACGCAAACAGCAAGAAGAAGCGGAAUUAGCUUUAGCUCUUGAACUGAGUAAGCAAGAAAAAUCCGGAAAAUUAUAGGCUUGGUCAGUAAAGCACUUUCUUUUCUAUUCAUUUGGUUGAUUUAAUACAUAUAUAUUUUCGGAUACAACGACUUUACGAAUCUUGAUAACGAAAUCAGAACUAAAUCGUAUAUGAUAUAUUAAUUCCGUACGAUCGUAAAGUGACUAUGAGAUUUCGGGAUCCGUGCUAAUGAAGGCUACGAAAGAUAACCGCGUACAAAUUGCAAUUAUAUGUAAUGCUUAUUUUUAAUACUAUUUAGCAUAUCAUAAUUGCUGCGAAACGAGAACAGAAAAUAUUUAGGAAAACAAAAUACAGAAGUCAGUCAAACAUACAGGUAUCCAAGAAUUCGUAGAAACAUAUUGAUUACGCAAAAUCAAGAAGCAUUUGACUGCAUACAUAAUCAAUUUUCGAUGUGGUCUUUUUGGUUUUCAUUCGACACAAAGUACAUUCAACUACUUAACUGUAUUCUUACAACCAAACUAUGGACACAUUGAACAUUAUUUAAAUAUAACAAAAAUUACAUUGAAUCGCGCGCCCUUUUCGUCACUCUGAUUUAUCACAGAGAGAUCGAUCGAUUUUGUAAAAAAGAAAAAGGAAAGAAAAAAAAAAUUAACCAUUGCCUUGCAAUAUCGAAUUCUAAAAUAACGACACUUAUAUACUCGUAGCUGAUUGUACUCUAUCGCUAAUGUUAAAUUAGCAUGUAUAAAAGCAAAAUAUAAUGGAAGAUUAUUGGAUUGACAAUAAAAAACGCUGUGUACACGUAUUCCGUGAGUUCAAAGUGAGGGGAAUAGUAAUAUAAAUGGUUAUCCGCAUUCAAGCAAAUAAAAGGUUCUCAGCGUCGUUGUAUGAAACGCACUUUAAUAUAUAUAUAUACAUCUGUACAUUUGCAAACAGCAGCGAAUUGUAAUGUUUCUGUUUGUCUGAUCUACACUAUAAACAACAUUUUGUGCAUGAUACUCUAAUUCGGUACAUGUAUUCAUCAAUAUUUACG